AUGGCUCCCCGUGAUGAUCGGCUGCUGGCCACGCUCAAGGCGGCGGAGCCGCGGGGGCCCAAGGGGCUGGCUAAGGCAGACCCAGGGGCGGCGCUGGCGCUGGCGGCGCACUGCUGCAUGCUGGAGUGCGGCUUCCAGGUGUCCACGCCCGGCGGCGCCGAUUCAGACCAGCAGCGGCAGACGCAGGCGUCCCCGCCAAAAGGCUGGGAGCUGCAGUUUCCUGACGAGUGGGUGUUUGAGUACGUCCACCCCUCAAAGCUGGGGCGCUUCACGCUGCACUGCUCGCUGCAGCGCGUAUCGGGACGCAUGCUCGUGUCGGCCAUGGAGGCGGGCGCGCCCGGCAAUCACCACCUGCUGGGGCUGCAGCUUCCCAACUACGUCCCGGGCGGCGCCGCUUCGCUCUCCAGCGGCGACUGGGCCGGCGUCGUCGCCCGCCAGGGCCCCUUGUUUGGCAUGGUGGAGGAGCACAUCGUGACGCCCCUCAUGGCGAUGGCCUCAGACCUGCCGACCUCCGCCCCUUCAGAGCCGCUGAUGCAGGCGGCUGGCAAGGGCAGCACCGAGCCGCGGCCGCGCGGCUGGCCGACGCUGCCGCCGCCUGGCAGCCCCGAGCGCGCGUACGUGCUGGGGGCGGCGGUGGCGGUGGGGGCGGCGCUCGCCGCGGGGGCGGUGGUUGUGGCGCGGCGGCGGCGGGCGGCGGGGGCGCAGCCGCUGCUGGGCUGGUGGCUGUGA